UAUUGUGCACAUGCACCCAUGAGACAUGUUGAAAUGAAAGGUAAAAAAACAUAUUUUUGUGUUUUUAUAAAUAUAUGUAUAUAUAAUAUAAAUAUUGUAAUAUAAAUAUUUUAUCAUUUUAGAAAUGGAAGUCACGUCUCCUGAAGGAAUCAGUUGUCAAAAUCUCGUCAUUUCUCAAGAAUCUGCAGCUGACGUGUUACAUGAAUUUGAGUUUAUGGAUACAAAUGCUCCUUCCACUUCACAAGGCUCAUCGAUGAAAUCAGGAACCAUAAGAAAACCCGAAAGUUUAAAUAACAAUGCAAAGAGAUCGAAAACUCAGGCAACUCAGGAAAUCCCUAUGAAAGCCCUAAUGCCAAUCUCAUUCCGCUCUGACAUCCAACAAGGAUUAGAUAAUAACUAUCUUUUACCAUCACAAGAAAAUGCAAUCAUCCGGAUUGCUUGCAACAACAUGAAGUCGAGGAAUCGAACUUCUCCUUCUGACAUAAAUCAAAUGGCAACACUUUUGCUACAAGAAUACCCGAUUCUAUGUAGUAGCAGCUCAGUGGGAAACAGUUUGGCGAAUUUAACCGACAGAAUCAAAAGAUGUUUUGCGAAUGCAAAUAGAACAGUCAAUAAGUCAGAAGACAGUGUUGUAGUUCAACAAAGUAUUUCUGAUGCGAUCACGGGAAUGAAGGCUGAGAUGCAGAGAGCUGAUAGAAGACACAAUAUAACCUUAUUAAAAACCUUUCUCAAUUCCACACGAUCUGUACGAACAGCCGAAGCUCGCAAAGAAACAGCAACAAAAAUCCUAGAAAAAUAUCCUGCAUUAAGAAAGGAAAUUUUAAUUCUUUGGGAGUUCGCACAACUUGUGAGUAUUGAAGUAUCAAUAUUAAAAAGCAAUUGGAUCAAUGCUUUGUCACGAAUCUGUUCCUUGUUUUUAACGGAUGAAGAUGUUUUAAAAUUCAGUAACAAUGCGCUAGCUUUGCAACUUUUGAGUAUCCUUCCUCGUUUGUUAGCGGACAAGUUGUCAGGAGACAAAACCAUUUUAAAAGUGUAUGAACAAGGUACUUUGAUCCCGGAAAUAAUUCCAGAAGAUGGUCAUCCACACCUCAUUGGAAUAGGUAACAUAGAAUGCUCUGACAUUAAUCUAAUUUGUUACGUUGAUGGGAAUCCGCUGUUUACCACUACCGCGUCAGAAGCAGUGCCAUUGUUGUUAGCUUCGUAUUGGAUUUUUCAAAUUAACUUUCCAAAAGCUUUAAGGAGACAAUUUUUUUUGUUAUCCGCUAUGUUUUUCCGCGAUAAAACAGAGAGAAUUUUACCAAAAGAUCUAACAAAUUUUAGAUCAGUAAAGACACUACUACAACAAGCAAAAAUUUAAUAAGAUUUUACUUAAAGCAAAAAAAGCCAAAUAUUUCCACUGGAAGCAAAUAAUUAAAUUCUUGCUUUUCGACUUUUUUAU